CUACCCGGACCUAAAUAUACGUUGCACACGAAAUAGGCAUGGCGUCCUUCAGACGCUGGAGUUUGUAAAUUACAUUUAUACAUUCGACGUCUGUCUAUUUCAACUUUAUUUUUUUUUUAAAAUAUCUGUCACGAUGGCGACGAGGACCGUGUGUCAACUUCUCCAGCGCCGAUAUGCUUCUACUGCGGCGGCCGUGCGUCCACCAGCUGCCGAAGUCCGCAACCAGCGCAACGCCGUCUUCGCCAGAGAGCAGGCCAGGCAGAGAGCUCUGUACCCGCGCGUCGAGAAGAUCGAGGUGUCCGUGCGGGGCCCGGGGCUCGAUGGUACGCUGCUCAUCAUGAACCGAGGGAUGUCCACGCCACUGAGCUGUGCCCGACACUUGACGGAGCAUCAUGUGACUAACUCGGCUCUGGCCCUGGUCGACGGGGAACUCUGGCCUCUCCACCAGCCCCUCACCAACUCCUGCUCACUUACCCUGCUCACAUUUAAAGACAGCGACCCAACAAUGGUCAACCAGGCGUACUGGCGUUCCUGUGCUGCCAUGUUGGGUCAGGUGCUGGAGGCGGCCUUCAAGGACAACUACACUGUGGAGCUGCUCAGCCCACCAGAGGUGCCAGUCACUUUAGGAGCCUUCUGCUGUGACGUGGCACUUGACCCUCAGCUGGAUUCAUGGACUCCAUCUGAGGAGACGCUGCGCUCCCUGACCCGAGGCGCCCUGCAGCUGAUCCACCAGGACCUGCCCUGGGAGCCUCUGGAGGUGGUGCCCUCGGUGGCGCUGGAGGUCUUCUCACACAGCAGGUUUAAACAGGAGGAGGUGGAACAGAAGGCAGCACAGAAUCCCAAAGGCACAGUGAUGCUGUACAGAUGCGGUGACCAUGUGCUGCUGAGUGGGGGCCCUCUAGUGGCCAGGACCGGCCUGUGUUCCCAGUUCGAGGUGACGGCGCUCCACAGUCUGGGACAGGGACCCUGGGGCCUCCACCGCCGAGCCCAGGGCGUCUCCUUGCCUCUGCAGCUUCCGGCUCACCACAUGGUCUGGAGGAAACUGAGGCAGCGGGCAGAGAAACUGGUGGAGGUGCCGAGACCUGAGGAAGCGACUCCACCCUCUCUUCCCGACUCCGCCUCCGACCAGCCAGCAACGACCUCUGUGUAACCUUCCCACGCACACAUACACACUCUUGACAUGUAUCUGAUUAUGUUAUUUGUCCAAUAAAUGUGUCCCAACCAUCUCUUUUCAAUUAAAAGAUUAAAAUUAAA